AUGUUGCCUCGUUCAACAGCUUUAUUACAAUCAAUUUCACAAAAUCGAUCAGAUAUAUUUUUAACUUCAACUAUAGUUCAACAAUUAAUGUUUAAUACAACACUAAAUAUUGUAUCAUCAGAUAUUAAUGAUAAUCCUCAAUUUGAUGAAGACAAUGGUAAUAGUUCACUUGUUCAUUAUAGAAUGCUUUAUCGUAAUUAUCAUGGUUUUAUAUCGAGUAUUGUAUGUAUAUUUGGUUUAACAUGUAAUUUAUUUAAUAUUAUUGUUUUAACUCGUCCAUUGAUGCGUUCAUCAACAAAUACGAUUUUAACAUCAUUAGCUUUAUCAGAUUUACUUAAAAUGUUAUUUGUUUUACCAGCAGUUAUUAUUUUUUAUUGUUUACCAAAAGAUGAAGCUAAAAGUGAACCUGAUCCAACAUCAUAUUUUCAAGUUAGAUUUUAUAUGAUACAAAUGUUAUUUACAUUAACAUUACAUUGUAUUAGUACAUGGUUAACUGUAUAUCUUGCUGCUUUCCGUUAUGUAUUUCUCAGUUGUAAAACUUUAACUGCUUAUGCAUUAUCACCAGAACGUGCUUUUAUUGGUGUUAUUAUUGUUGCUAUAUUAACAACAAUUCUUUGUAUUCCAUCUUAUAUAGAACAUCAUAUUGUUAAAGGCUAUUAUAAUGAUACACAAUCAAUAUCAAAUAAUUCCAAGAUAAUAGUCGCUUAUCGUUUUGAAGAAACACCAUUUAGUCAAUCAUUAUCAUUACGUGAUACUGUUUUUGUGUUACAUGGUGUUAUAUUUAAAUUAAUGCCAUGUAUAUUUAUACUUUUAUUUAGUUUUUUAUUAAUACAACAAUUACGUAAUGCAUUAGAAAAAUCACAAUUAUUAGAAAGACAUUCAAUAACAAACACAACUAAAUCAAAAACUAAUGGACGUUUACGUAGUCGAAGACGUGAGAAAGAAAAUCGUCGUACAACAUUAAUGUUAGUUAUUGUUUGUGUUUUAUUUCUUAUUACAGAAUUACCACAAGGUGCAAUAUUAUUAUUAACAAUUUCAUCAAAAAAUUAUUCAACAUAUUAUUUUCAAAUUUAUCGAAAUCUCGGUGAUACAUUUGAUAUAUUAGCUUUAAUAAAUAAUUCAGUUAAUUUUAUUCUUUAUUGUUUGAUGUCACAAGCAUUUCGUGACACAUUUAAACAAACAUUUUGUUUUUGUCAAAAAUUUGAUCUUCAACAAUCGACAAUAUCAUUUUCAAAAUUUACAAUAAGAAGACAUAGAAAAAAACAUUCAAAUCAAUCUGUAACAUAUGAAAUUAUUACAACACAUAAUAGUUCUCAAAAUUGUCAAACACAUUUAGCACCAAUUGUCAAGUCUUUAUCUGAUAGUUCAACUAAAAAACUGAAACAAACUUCAAAUACCUUAGAGCUUUUUCAUCAUGCUAAAUCAGCUUCAUUAUAA